AUGGCGACCACAAACGAUAACUACGUGGAAACCACAAGUCCUGCACCUUAUGCUCAGGCGAUCUUCCUGUCGCAGAAGAUGAUCAACAACUCCUUCAGUCUUAUGUGGCAGCUCGCCCAGACUGAACCGGAUGAUCCAGAUGAUCCUAACAAGACCCCCCUGAAGUACUUGCAGGUCACUACGAAGGAUCCCAUGUUAUAUUUUCGGCUUCGCAUGACUGACGGUGAAGUGCGUCUUUACUUGACCGAUGACCCUAAAGAUGAUAGCCAAAUCAACUGGGAUAUCAAUAACUGGGUGUUCGCUUUCUCGGUCACAAUUGCAAGAAAGCAGAUAACCAAAGACUCGGAAGAGUACCGAGAGUUCAAGGAGCGUGCUGGACUGCCCAAUUCCAACUUCUCUCUGGCGGUGCUAUUCAUCGAUGCAUCAUCAACGACAAAAUGGAACCCAGAACUCAGCGAUUUUGGGGACAAAGAGGACGAGUGGAGGAACCUGAGUGCCGAGGCCAGAGCCACCUUUGAUACUUUCAUCCAGCGCUGGCUGAAUGUGAUGAAGGAAAAGGGCUCUAACAUCCUGGGUUACUCUGCAGAACGCCAGGAAGACGAGGAGUUAAACGAAUACGCACCCACAUUUCCUCCUACCAGCAUUGAUUACUUCUGCUACCCGUGGCGAGGAGCAGAUGGCACCUCUGCCCCAAAGGACAAUCAAGAGUGCAACGCUCUCUCGUAUCUGAUGAUGUCCAACUUCGACGAGCCCCCGGCCCACGGGGCCAUUGAUUAUACUGGAGCUUGGGUUGAUGACCAGAGUCGGGAGGGUACGUUCUGCAUGAACCAAGCCUUGUUUUGGCCUUGGAUGCAUUCCGUGCUGCGGCAAAUCGUCAUCGGCAUGGUCCCUUACCCCGAUGAACCCUCUGUUAAAUGGAGUCCUGAUAAUGAGGACCUUCCUUUCCGCUCGGGUCCGAAGUUCCAUGCUGGAGAUGAUGAGGCUCAAGAUGGCCAGUACCAGUUUAAGCCAGCUGGUUUUUUGUGGCCACACACUUGGCUGUUGGAAGGUGAAUAUCGUCAGAGUCAAAAUAUGGCUGUUAAUGGUCGCGAUCCUCACGACACCAUGACGUUGACGGAAGAGUCCACAUCUACCAGUGCUUCACUCAAAUUCCAUCCUGGUAAAGAGCAGGUGGAUCUGAAUGGCCAGAGUACCUUCAUCUUCAGAGCAGAUCAUAAGACAAGUAAACGACAUACAUGGACAUUGAUGACAUUCGGAAUCAGCUGGUCUAUAUCGCUCGCGAUGGCAUCAGUUGAAGACGGUGGCUUGGAGGUCAACAUUGUUCCCAAUUCUAAUACCGUGAAUGUGUCCUAUGAUCAUGAUGGAGACAUGCAAUGGGAGACACCACCAUUUAUACUCGCGGCCAGAUGGAAGGAAAUGCUGCAGGGUGGCAUGCAAAGCGCGCUCCAAAGAGUAGAGAAGAAUCUCCUAUAUGCCCUCGCCAACCAGCAGCGGCUGUUCCUACCUGGCAAGGGCAGCUACCUGAUGAAAAAUCCCAUUUUCAAUGCUCAAGGAGAUUUGCUGGUCGAUUUGUCCUUUAAUGGUGCCAAUCCACCAAAACGGACGCAACGUCGUCUGCACUAUCCUAACCCUUAG